AUGGCCAUGAGAUCGAGCAGCGGGACGGUUGCACCCGCCAAGUCAUCCUGGCAGGGCAAGCUUGAUGGCUUUUACAUUGGCUUUUUUGCCUUCCACCUUGUGGUAAUCUUCGUCAAUAAAUUGCGUUUGUUUUCCUCUCUAAACGUCAAUCUUGGUGGUCCUGACCCUAUUAUUCGGAAAUGGUGUAUAUCAGCGCUCUAUACAUCCGUCGACAUUGUCCCGCUUUAUCCCGAGCCAUUUGUUCCAGGCCCUUUGCUCAAGCUUCGAGAGUUCUAUAUCGCCAAAUACCAGGACAGGUUUUUCGUUGACCCACCACGAUGGUUCCAAAGCUAUGCUGUGAUGGAAGCAGUCUACCAUGUUCCGGCAAGCAUAGAAAUUAUUCGUGGACUGCUAAAAGACGAUGCAUUUGUCCCUGUCCACAUUCUAGUAUUUGCCGUUCAGGUAUUCAUCACGACGCUUACAUGCCUCGUUGAGGUGUGGGCUUGGACAGAUCGGACUGUUGAGCAGAAAUCCGACCUCAGCAUGAUCUAUGGGCCAUACCUAGCAUUUGCUGGCCUCAUGGGCCUUGACAUGAUGUAUCGACUUCGAGUAGCGUUGCGCAAGGCAAAACGGGAUUAG